GGAUGAUGCUCUCUCUCUUGCUCUCUCACACUCUGAUACGGUAGUAGGGCUGAGGACGGGUUGGCAGUGGAAACAGAAGGGGGAGAAGUUGCACUGUAGGGGGGAUUGAGCUGCAACGUGCUUGCAUUGGGUUUUUGUUGUGCAGAUAUAUUCCAGAGAACUGGAAAUGGAGGGAAUCUGCGGGAUCCAGAUAUUGCACACAUUCCUUCUGCUCUGGACCUCCAUCGACUGGAAUGUGGCACCAGUGGCGGGGUCCCAGCAAGGGAUUCCUCUCUCAGUCGUAAAGCUUUGGGCCUCUGCUUUUGGGGGAGAAAUUAAAUCAAUUUCUGCAAAAUAUUCUGGAUCCCAGCUUUUACAAAAGGAGCUGUGGUCCAUUACAGCACCACGAGCUGGAGCCAACUCCUCUUCUGAGCCCAGUCCCCCAAUUAGGACCACCAGCAGAAUGAACCCCAAGAUCACAGCUGCUUGUCUUUGGGAGGAAAGCGAAGCAUCUCGAAAAACUCGAAAGUAUGGAGAAAGUGUCCAAACAGCAUUUAGAAAACGUCUUCAAGCUCAAAACCCAGGAUUCUCCUGCCCUGAGAAAUAUAAAGAGCCUGAAAAGUCGGUCAGAGUGGAGGAGAUUGAUGGUGUGAAGCUGGUUAAAAACCUGGCUGUAAAGAUGGAGGAAAUGUUCCAGAGGAAAGCGGAAGCCACCAGGCGGCUGGUGGAGGCUGCGGAAGAAGCGCAUCAUCAGCAUGAAGAAAACCCAGACCUGCAGUAUGAGUACUUCAAUGCUGUGCUGAUCAAUGAGGUGGACGAGGAGGGCAACAAUGUGGAGCUUGGAGGAGAGUUCAUCCUAGAGCCAAAUGACCAUUUCAACAACCUUUCAGUCAACCUGAGCCUCAGUGUGGUGCAGGUGCCCACCAACAUGUACAACAAAGACCCAGAUAUCGUCAAUGGGGUUUACUGGUCCGAGGCCUUGAACAAAGUCUUUGUGGAAAACUUUGAAAGAGAUCCAACACUGAUCUGGCAGUACUUUGGAAGUGCGAAAGGCUUCUUCAGGCAGUACCCUGGAGUAAAGUGGCACCCGGAUGAGCACGGUGUCAUUGGCUUUGACUGCAGGAAUCGGAAGUGGUACAUCCAGGCAGCUACGUCUCCAAAAGAUGUGGUGAUCUUAGUAGAUGUUAGUGGGAGCAUGAAGGGCCUUAGGCUGACGAUUGCCAGGCAGACGGUUUCCUCCAUUUUAGACACACUGGGAGAUGAUGACUUCUUUAACAUCAUUGCUUACAAUCAGGAGAUCCACUAUGUAGAGCCUUGUUUGAAUGGUACGCUGGUCCGGGCUGACACAACCAACAAAGAUCAUUUCCGUGAACAUCUGGAUAAGUUGUUUGCCAAAGGAAUCGGGCUGCUGGGCGAAGCUCUGACCGAGGCCUUCACAAUCCUGAAUGAUUUUAAUCAGACAGGACGAGGCAGCGUGUGCAGUCAGGCCAUCAUGCUUGUGACGGAUGGAGCAACAAAGAUGUACGAUGAUGUUUUUGAGAAGUACAACUGGCCAGACAGAAAAGUGCGAAUAUUCCCCUACCUGAUUGGAAGGGAGUCUGCAUUUGCAGAUAAUCUGAAAUGGAUGGCUUGUGCCAACAAAGGGUAUUUUAGUCAGAUCUCCACUCUAGCGGAUGUGCAGGAGAACGUGAUGAGGUAUCUUCAUGUCAUGAGCCGUCCAAAGGUUAUUGAUCAUGAACACGAUACAGUGUGGACCGAAGCGUACGCAGACAGUGCUCUUUCCCAUGCUCAUAAGCUCAACGAUAAAUCAGGCCCAACUCUGACGACUACGGUCGCGAUGCCAGUCUUCAGCACAAAGAAUGAAACGAAAAACCAGGGUAUUCUGUUGGGGGUUGCUGGCACAGACAUCCCUCUACAGGAGCUGAUGAAGCUCAUCCCAAAACAUAUGCUAGGGAUCCAUGGAUAUGCAUUUGCAAUUACCAAUAAUGGCUACAUCCUGACACAUCCGGACCUCAGGCCUUUGUAUCAGGAAGGACAAAGGAGGAGAAAGCCCUAUUACAGCAGUGUAGAUCUCUCUGAGGUGGAGUGGGAAGACAAGGAUGACAUUCUACGCAAUGCUAUGGUGAACAGGAGGACAGGGACUUUCUCUAUGGAGGUGAAAAGGACAGUUGACCGAGGGAGGCGGGUCCUCAAGAUGCAUAAUGAUUAUUACUACACUGACAUCAAAGGAACUCCAUUCAGUGUUGGAGUAGCACUCUCGAAAGGUCACGGGAAGUAUUUCUUCAGGGGAAACGUAUCGAUGGAUGCAGGGCUCCGUGAUCUAGAACAACCAGAUGUUGCCCUGGCAGAUGAAUGGACCUACUGCAACACAGAGGAGAAGCAUGAGCACCGGCACUUGACCCAGAUUCAAGCCAUAAAGCUCUUCAUGACUGGCCGGAGACCCCACCUCAAAUGUGACCGAGAGUUGAUACAGGAGGUGCUUUUCGACGCUGUAGUCACAGCUCCACUGAAGAGCUAUUGGAACAGUCUGGCUCUCAACAAAUCAGAAAACCCAGAGAAAGGUGUGGAGAUUGCUUUCCUGGGUACCCGGACUGGUCUGUCACGAACCAACCUGUUUGUACCCAAAGAUCAGCUUUCCAACCAAGAUUUCCUGACAGCCGAGGACAAGGAGGGUGUGUUUAAUGCUGAUCACUUCCCCCUGUGGUACAAGAGAGCGGCAGAGCAGGUCCCAGGAACAUUUGUCUAUUCCAUCCCCUUCAGCACAGCUUUGGAAAAUAAGAGUGUGGUGUUGGCCAGCACUGCUAUUCAGCUCCUCGAUGACAGGAAGUCUCCAAUUGUUGCUGCUGUGGGGAUCCAAAUGAAACUAGAGUACUUUCAGAGGAAGUUCUGGACUGCUUGUAGACAGUGCACAGCUCUGGAUGGAAAAUGCAUCAUUAGUUGUGAUAGUGAAGACAUAAACUGCUACCUCAUUGACAACAAUGGCUUUAUUCUUGUUACAGAGGAACUAUCUCAGACAGGGCUUUUCUUUGGAGAGGUGGAGGGUGCUGUCAUGAACAAACUUCUCCAAAUGGGGUCUUUCAAAAGAAUCACUCUGUAUGAUUACCAGGCCCUUUGUAGGGAGUAUGCUGGGAGCAGCGACAGCGCACGCACUUUAUCAGAUCCUUUUUCACUUGUGAAGUGGCUCCUGACAGAACUUGUCAUUUUCCUGCUAGAAUUCAAUCUGUAUAGCUGGUGGAAUGUGGACUUCUCAGUGAAAGCACAGAGAAUUCGUGGUAAGACUAUGAUGGUGCCAUGUGAUACAGUAUACCCAGCCUUUGUCUCUGAACGCACCAUUAAGGAAACCACAGGCAACAUUGACUGCGGAGGUUGCGUUAGGUCUUUUGUCAUACAACAGAUUCCCAGCAGCAACUUGUUCAUGGUUGUGGUUGAAAACAAGUGUGACUGCAGCAUCAUUCCUCCUGUAACAAUGGAUCCCAUUGAGAUUAUGUACAACGAGUCUCUAAAAUGUGACAGACUCAAGCUCCAGAAAGAUAGAAAAAAGCCGGAGUCAUGUCAUCCUUUUCACCCUGAGGAAAAUGCCAUGGAGUGUGGUUCAGCCUGUCGCUUCUCCAGUUCCUUGGCACUACCUCUGAUGCCUUUGAUUGCAGCAACUAUCAGCAGGUGACCAUAAGCUGCACAUCUGGAGCUAACUCAGCAAGAAGAUGCUUUGAAUACCACUUAGACAUGACUGAUCAGAAAUAACUUUGCUUACCUCUGUGGCAGACAUUACUUAGAGUCUGUUAAGACUUUAUCAGUAGUUCUGAGGCUCAUAUCCAUCACUGCAGAAAACAAAGUAACACAAACUAAAGCAGUGUGUUCUUGGUCACUUUGCUCAGCUCACUGCAAAUCCCUACAUGAGAGUUUGUGUUUUUGUGUGCUAAAUUAAUGAAAGGAAAAAUGCCAAAUAAACACAGGACUCUUUUGUCAAUAUUUGAACAAAUCCACUGCUCAAAACAUAAGAAAGUAAGACAUCAGAUAUGUAUUUCAUUGUUGUGAGGAAAAAGAAGAGUAUGCACUUUUGUUAUGUACUAAAGGAAAGGCCCCCAUUGUUCCCUAUAAGUCAAUGAAGAAAUCAUUUCCCGUGCAAUAGUUUUAUUUCUCUGAAUAUUUUAGCUUGUUUUCUAACAAAGUAUCUCUUGUGUCAAAAACAUAAUUUAUCAUUAUAUAAGUUAUUUUAUAAGUUCUGUCACUAUCUCUUCAAUUAAAAUGUGUAAAACUAAUAUGCAUGAUAAAGAUGCUGUGUGUUUGAAGAAUGCUACAUUGAUAUAUUCAGCAAAGGUUUAUCAAAAUCAUAUAAUCUUAACCAUGUGCUAAAGAAAAUAAUUAAAGAUAAGAAAUAUU